AUGGCUAGUACGUCCCAACCGGAGAAGGAAGUGGUAGUGAUUUCUUCUGAUGACGAUGAUGAUGACAAUGGUGAUGAUGAUGCAAAUAUCAUUAAAUAUAUCAAACCUGUCUCAGUAUACAAAGAACUUCGAACUCGCUCAAAAAAGAACCCAUAUUUACGUCGAAGGUGUUUGAACUACAUAAUCAAAGGGAAGAAAAAAAAGAAGUCAAAUUCAAGAGUGACAAUAAGAUUCAACUAUAGGGAUGUGAGAAACAAAAAAACACUAAAAGCUGAAGUUGUGGAAAAAUUCUCUUGCCCAUUUUGCUUGAUGCCAUGUGGAGGCCACGAGGGCCUGGGACUCCAUUUGAAGUCAUCACAUGACGCCUUUAACUAUGACUUUUAUCGGGCAGAAGAAGAUCAUGGCCCGGAAGUUGAUGUCUGUUUGAAACCGGAAACAUUACAAUUUGGGGUGCUAAAAAAUGAUUUGGGAAAUCCACAAUACAACCCUUUUAUGUUUGUCUCAAAACGUCGUAAGGGAAGAAGAGAAAGAGAUAUGUGGAGGCGACUUAAACCACGCUUUUUGAAGUUGCCUUUAGACGAGUUACCUCGUAGCACAGAAAAUGAUGAACUUAGUCAUGCGAACGAGGAUAAUGUCUCAUCGCCACCAAGAGCUCAUUCUCCGGAGAAGACUAGCGACGUUUUAACUACGACUCAACCAGCAAUAGCUGAGCCUUCUGCACUUGUGGUGCCUCCUGUUAGUGAGAGAACAGAGUUGUUUGCUGAGUCUUCGGAGAAGACUAACGACAUUUUAACUACGACUCAGCCAGCAAUAGCUGAGUCCUCUGAACCUGUGGUGCCUCGUGUUAGUGGGAGAAAGGAGUUAGUUGCUGAGCCUUCUGAACCUGUGGUUCCUCGUGUAAAUGGGAGAAAGAAGUUAAUUGCUGAGCCUUCUGAACCUGUGGUGCCUCAUGUUAGUGGGAGAAAGAAAGUUGCUGAGCCUUCUGAACCUGUGGUGCCUCGUGUUAGUGGGAGAAAGAAGUCAAUUGCUGAGCCUUCUGAACCUCUGUUGCCUCGUGUUAGUGGGAGGAAAAAGUCAAUUGCUGAGCUUUCUGAACCUGUGGUGCCUCGUGUAAGUGGGAGAAAAAAACCAAUUUCUGAGUCUUCUGAACCUCUGUUGCCUCGUGUAAGUGGGAGAAAAAAGUUAAUUGCUGAGUGUUCUGAACCUCUGGUGCCUCCGGUUAGUGAAAGAAGAAAGUUAUUUGCUGAGUCUUCUUCUGAACUUGUGGUGCCUCCUGUUACUAGGAGAAAAAAACAAGUUGCUGAGUCUUCUUCUGAACCUCUGGCACCUCCUGUUAAAGGGAGAAAGAAACUAGCUGCUGAGUCUUCUGAAACUGUGGUGCCUCCUGUUAAAGGGAGAAAGAAACAAGUUGCUGAGUCUUCUGAACCUGUUAGAGGGAAAAAGAAACUAGUUGCCGAGUCUUCUGAACCUGUGGUGCCUCCUGCAAGUGGGAAAAAAAAAUUAGUUGCUGAGUCUUCUGAACCUGUGGUGUCUCCUGUUAGUGGGAGAAAACAUUUACCUGCUGAGUCUUCUGAACCUAGUAGGAGAAAAAAGUUAUCUGCAGAGCAAUCCGAGGAUAAAGGACAUGAGCCUCUUAGGAGUCGGCAGUUCUAUCCCUCCCACACAAUGCAGCCAAUGACCUUUGAGGAAGUAAUGUCUAAUGACGAUAGCGAUAAUGAAACUGAUGAUAAUGUUUUAGAUCUUCAAGAACGCCUGAGAUUUGAACGUGUUACGGGUUUGAGGAGAGAGCAAAACCGAUACAUGUUUCUUUGGAACAUAUUUAUAAGAAAGCAAAGGGUGAUCGCGGAUGCACAUAUUCCUUGGGCAUGUGAAGAGUUUACAAAACUUCACAAGGAAGAGUUGAAACGUUCUCCGUCUUUCGAUUGGUGGUGGAGAGUGUUUAGGAUUCGCCUGUGGAAUCAAGGCCUUAUCUGCGCCAAAACCUUCAACAAUUGCACAACUAUCAUGAUCCAAACUACCAUGAUCCAGAAGAAGCCGGAUGAAGCAGGUCCAUCCACCUCUCACCAACCUGCUGCUAAUUCCAACACAGAACAGUCCAUGGAAAUUGAUGCGUAACAACAGUGACCAUAUGGAGACAUUCAGAUCUUUCUUUUAUAUGUAGUGGUUAUCAAGACUGCGAUUUCUAUCCGGUUUUUAUUUCGUUUCUUUUAAAAAACC